AUGCUGUUUUACCAGUCAAUUCUACUCCUCUGUUCCUGGGUUUCGGAAGGAUGCCUCAAUCAGCAAACUCCUCUGGAUCUCGAUUCUCGUUCCGUAUACCACCCGAGUACUGCCUUCGAAGAGAAGGUGAGUUGGGCUUUGGAGCAGUUUAAAGUACCGGGCCUUGCAAUAUCGUUCAUAAAUGGCAGUAGAGUAUUCACAAAAGGGUAUGGUGUUGCAGAUCUUGCUUCCUCACAGCCGGUGUCAGAACACACCCUCUUCUUUGGUGGGAGUACAACGAAAGCCUUUACAGCAGCGUUGAUAUCAAUUCUUGUGGACGACAACGAGAACUUCCCGGAGAUACAAUGGGACGCAACGGUUCACAGCAUUAUUCCAGACGAUUUCACCCUGAGUGAUCCAUGGUUUACUACGCAAGUUACGGUCGAGGAUAUGCUCUCACACCGGUCUGGCAUGCCACGCCAUGACUGGGUCUGGUUUGCCAACAUGACACUGCAGGAAGCUGUGAGGAAGAUGAGGUACCUUCCACUUACAUCGACUAUCCGUACAAAGUUUAACUACUGCAACUUGAUGUACAUGGCUGCUGCUCAUUUGAUCGAGACUAAGACGGGGCAACUGUUUAAGGAUGUACUGCGCGAGCGUAUCCUAGAACCUCUAGGGAUGACAGAAACAUACGUUUCUUUGUCUGAUGCCCAGGCUGCUGGUGGAGAAAUGGCACGAGGUUACUUUCUCAAUUCAACGGGACAGCUACAAGAUACGGACUUAUCGUUCCAUGAGAGUAUCAGAGGUGCAGGAAACAUCAUUACUUCAGCAGCGGAUUAUGCAAAGUGGGUUCAAGCAAUGAUACAACGAAGUCCGCCAAUCUCACCUGCAGGGUAUACUGCCAUUCUGGGUGGACACACCAUCAUAUCUCCAGAACCAAUGGCUCCCGAUACAUCCCCGACCUUGUACGGGUUUGGAUGGUUUUUGCGUACAUAUGCUGGAGAAGUGAUAUUUCAACACCCGGGUGGAAUUGAAGGGUUUGGCAGCCUUGUGUGCUUCCUACCUAGAAAGAGGAUUGGAUUUGUUAUCCUAGGCAACAAUAUGAUAGGGACAAACGCGGCUGUCACAUUGCUUGGAAACCAUUUAAUCGACGAUAUUCUCGGAAUCCAGGAAAGACACCGUCCAAAUUGGCGAAAGAGGUAA